AUGCAUCGACGAGGUGAUCUAAUUGCUAUCGGAGCUGGUAAGAUGUCUCCCUAUUUUUUAUUUAAUACGAUACAGGAUCCUACUCAAUUUAUUGCCUAUCAAUGUGAAACUGAGACUGAGGAAGCAUUUCCAGUUCCAGAUGAUAAGACAAAAAUCAAAUUUAUGACAUCUUAUUGCAAUGAUUUAUUCAUAUUUAUUUUGGAGGAUAACAAAUUUUACAUUAGAAAAUCUGGGUCAGAAGCAUGCGGUUUGAUUAUUACCCAACAGGGCAGCAACAUUGAUCAAAAAUUUAUAGAGUACAACAAGAUUUGGGUUCUCAACAAAGAAUACGACGAUCAAGAAGUGAGCUUAGGGCCAUGGCAUGCAUUUAUUACAGAAAACGGAUCCAUAUCAGAAAGUCAGAUUGGUUUUCUUUUUGAAGUUGAAAGAACUCACCGGAAGAGGCGCAUUAAGUGA